AUGUCCAACCCCCCCGUUGCCGCUGCCGAUGAGGUCGAGGUUAGCGCCGAUGCCGGUGCUGGCGGCCAGAUGUCCGUCCUCGACGCUCUCAAGGGUGUCCUCCGCAUCUCGCUGAUCCACGAUGGUCUUGCCCGUGGUCUGCGCGAGGCCGCCAAGGCCCUCGACCGCCGCCAGGCCCACAUGUGUGUCCUCAACGAGGGCUGCGAGGAGGAGGCUUACAAGAAGCUGGUCAUUGCCCUGUGCUCCGAGCACAAGAUCCCCCUCAUCAAGGUUCCCGAUGGAAAGAUGCUGGGCGAGUGGGUUGGUCUUUGCCAGCUCGACCGUGAGGGUAACGCUCGCAAGGUCGUCAACUGCUCUUGCGUCGUUGUCAAGGAUUGGGGAGAAGAGUCCCAGGAGCGCUCCGUCCUCCUCAACUACUUCCAGACCGAGCAGUAA